AUGUCAGAUUCUGUAGGAGGUAGAAAAAAAUCUGAUCAUGGAACAAGACAAGAAGCUUCUCUUGGAAAAGGAGUAAGAAGUUCCGACAUGUCUGUUUAUAAAAGUUCUGCAGAAGUAUCAGAAAGAGAUGAAAGCAGUAUAUAUAAGGGAUCCGAUGACUGCUCUUACAAGUAUAGCUGCGAUCCUUGCCGUAUUGCAGGAGAUCAUUUGGAGGCCCAGGGAUUUUGCACUGAUUGCGACGAAUAUCUAUGCAGCACGUGCUACAAGAGUCACCCCAGGAAUAAAGUUUCACGACAUCAUACUCUACUGGACAAAGAAAAUAUUCCAAAAGAAUCUACUAAAUAUUGUGAUCCGUGUAAGCAUGCCGGUGAUGAGGUAGAGGCCGCAGGGUUUUGCAGGAACUGUGAGGACUAUCUGUGUAGUACCUGUUUCAGGAGCCAUGCUAGAAAUAAAGCCUCGAGAUAUCAUGUAUUGCUAGAUAAAGACAAGAUGCCUGCAAAAUCUUCAGACUUUAGUAUUGUAUCUUCUGUUGAAAAGGUCAAUAUCAGUAAAAAAGACGCCGAGAACGAUUCAUAUAAUGAGAAGUAUUCUUACAUACGGGACAUUAAUGCUAAGGUUGAAAAGGACGAGAACAUCUGUGUCAUCACAGGUAUGGUACUGAUUUCGGACACUGAACUUGUUCUGGUUGAUGAACGCAAUAAAGCGUUGAAGUUCAUUGAUAUUGAGAAUGACGUUAUCAAGGAUGAUUUAAAAUUAUCAUCACAUCCGUUUGGAAUCUCACCAAUUACUCAACACAAGUUAGGCCUAGCAGUUGUUUUGGGAAAUGAACUGAAGAUACAUAUCAUUUCUACUACUACAUUACACUUAUCAAUAAUACGAACUUUGAAAACAGAUGGUUUCGGCAUGGAUACCAAGUAUAUCAACAGAAGAUUAUAUGUUUCAUAUUGUAAACCUGUAAAAAUUCAGAUCCUUCAACUGACGGGAGAGGUAUAUAAGAUAAUCCAGCCUGGUUCUGAAGUACUAAACGUUUGCACACUUCCACGGUUUAUAGCAGUUAGUCCAGAUAAGAACUCUAUAUACAUGUCGGACUGGGAGACAAGUAAUGUUAUACAUAUCAAUAUGAAGGGAAGAAUGAUAUCUGUACAUAAAGGUGAGCUAGCGUUGCCUCAAGAUAUUGCUAUAUCUCCGUUCAAAUCAGUGUAUCUAUGUAACGCAGGGAAGCACAUCAUUUGCAAGAUGAUGUCAGAUCUUAGUGACAUCACCACUAUAUUAGAUUUAGAAGAUGGAUUGAAUGGUCCUAGAGCAAUAUGUUUCAACAAUGUCCGACGACAUCUCUACAUUAGCAGUGGAUGUGAGGAACCCAUGUGGGCCAAUUGUAUAAAAGUAUACCAGUGGAAUUAA